AUGUCAAGCAACUCAGACAAGAUCCACGGCAAACAGUCGCACUUGGAGGAGCAACGUGGCAUUGUUACUGCGUACCCGAAUGCCAUACCAAGUAAGCAGUCACAAUCAGGCCCUGGACUGGACAAGGACAUGAAGCCAGGAGCGGCGCACUACCAAGUCGAAACUUGGGACAAUGACGGGAAGCCAUACUUGACGGAGUACAAAGGUACGGGCAAGCUUGAAGGUCGACGCGCGAUCAUCACCGGUGGCGAUAGUGGCAUCGGCCGUGCCAUUGCGCUGUUUUACGCUCGCGAGGGUGCAAAGAUUACUCUGGCGUGUUUGCCCGAAGAAGCCGAGGAUGCAAGGUCGGUCGAGCAGCUGGUCAAGGAAGGACCUGGCAGCAAGUCCAUCAUCAUUGUGCCAGGAGACGUCAAGGAUCACGCUUAUUGCAAGAGCCUGAUUGACACUCACAUCAAACAAUGGGGAGGACUGGAGAUCCUGGUGAACAAUGCAAGCCAGCAGAUCGAGUGCAAGGACCUUGCAGAAAUCGAUUUGAAAAACGUCGAAAGUACCUUCCAAACGAACAUCGUGGCCAUGAUUGCUCUUGCCAAGUUCGCAUUGCCACACUUGAAACGAGGUGCGGGAACAAUCAUCAACGAUGCGAGCGUGACCGCUUACAAAGGCAGCAUUGGGUUUGCCGACUACGCCGCCACCAAAGGGUAAGACUGGCGCUCAGAUCCAGGUCACCGCUAAAGCGCUAAUUCAUCUCUCGUGUUCUGUGACUGCUUCAGCGCAAUCGUCACUUUCACUAAAGCACUUGCGGGCCAGCUUGCUCCCAAGGGCAUCCGCGUGAACGCAGUCGCACCCGGGCCCGUUUACACGCCCAUGCAGCGGCGUCCCGAACAGCAGAAAGCAUGGAAGGUUGGGGCGUUGGUGCGAUUCCUCUGCACGGUGAGUGACUGGCCUCUGAAAGUCGGGGAAGCGGUCCGGAGGGCCGGACCUUAGCUCAUUCCUAAGUCUUUGGACGUCUUUGACUUGAUCACAGGUCGACCCGCACAGCCUGCUGAACUUGCAGGCGCCUUUGUCUUCUUGGCCGAUCCUGUUUACACCAACUGCAUGACUGGACAGGUGGGUGUGCUACAUACUGACAUGUCAUCCCUCGACGCCUCUGAUCAACGGUGCUGACUACUCUCCUGCUUGACGUCCGGACAGGUCGUGCACGUCAACAACGGCGGCUACUUUCCUUAG